AUGGCCGGCGAAUCGAACUACGAUGUACACACACGACUUGCGCCGCUAAUCCUGCCCCUGCGUUCGAACCCAGUUGAAGAGGAUGACCCUUUGACUCCCGUCAUCCAUACGGCAGUGCCACCGAGCCUGAUCUCGCCGGGCAUCCAGGUCGAACUCUAUGGCGAUCCUGCUGGAAAGCCGGCUCCGAUUCACCCUCGGAAACGCGCUCAGUCAAACAUCCUCCGCAACGGUCCACGGCAUCUUGGCCGCUUCCAUCGAGCGGGGUUUGGCGCUCCCGAUGCUCCCAUCCUGGACUUCAAAGCUCAACAAGCCAAGGAGGCCCAAGAUGCCCUGUUCCUGAUCCGCGAGGAAAUCGCCAUCAUGAAGAAGCUGAACCACCCCAAUCUCGUCCAGCUGAUGGAGGUCCUGGACGAUUCCGAGGAAGACAGCCUGUACAUGGUCAUGGAGAUGUGCAAGAAGGGGGUUGUCAUGAAAGUUGGCCUCGGCGAAUCCGCGACGCCCUAUGAGGAGGAACAGUGUCGUCACUGGUUUCGCGACCUGAUCCUCGGCAUCGAGUACUUGCACUCGCAAGGGGUUGUCCAUCGCGACAUCAAGCCGGAAAAUCUCCUACUCACCGAUGAUGAUGUCCUCAAGAUCGUCGACUUCGGCGUGUCUGAGAUGUUUGAGAAGGCCGGGAACAUGAGGACCUCCAAAUCCGCGGGCUCGCCCGCGUUCCUCCCUCCCGAGCUAUGCGUAGCGAAGCAUGGUGACGUUUCGGGGACAGCAGCCGACAUCUGGUCCAUGGGCGUGUCGUUGUACUGCCUCCGCUAUGGGCGGCUGCCGUUUGAGCGGGGUGGUGUGUUGGACAUAUACGAGGCGAUCAAGACCGAAACCGCCAAGUUGCCGCCUGAUGAGAAUCCGGACUUUGUUGACCUAAUGGGAAGGCUACUUGAGAAGAACCCGGAAAAGAGGAUAACCAUGACUGAGCUCAGAGACCACAUGUGGGUGACGAAAGGGGCUACGGACCCCCUCCUCAGCGCAGAAGAAAACUGCUCAGAUCCUGUCGAUCCGCCCAAUCCCCUCGAGCUAAACCACGCCUUCACCCGGCGAAUGAGCCACCUGAUCUGCGUUCAAUCCGGAAGUUCAAGAGCCUCCUAUCCCCACGCCCGACGCCCUCUCACAGGGGCGCCCCCGGCGAUCACGCAACCACAGUUACCCCGCCUUCCCCUUCACCGGUCGACGAGAAGCCCCCGGCCGAGCUGGCCCCGUCCACAGCCGAGUUCGCUGCGCGAGUCCUGCGCGAACGCCAGGAGUUCCUGGCCAAAGGCGGCAAGGCAAACUUCGACCUCCCCCUCCACCCACCCUCGACGACAACAACAGCAACAACAACAAACCCCCACAACCACCACCACCGACUUCACCACCCCACCCGAACACGUAACCGAUGCCCACCACCCCGAAGAAGAGCCGCAACCCCCCCUCCCGCUCCUCGGUAUCGGAACGGGCGGGAUCGACGACUUUCCCGGCGCCGACGACGCCCCCCACCCGGCCGACAUCGUCUCGGACUCGCCCACCGUCGUCGACUUUAACGUCUACGACCGCGCUUUUGAGGCCGAGAUUGAGCGGAUUAAGCGCUCGACAAGUCGGCGGGGUGGUGGCGGUGGUGGUGGAGUUGGUGGUGCUGCUGGAGGGCUGCGGGGGAGAGGGGUUGGUGGUGGUGGUGUAAGUGGUGCGGGAGGUGUUGGUGGCGUUGGUGCCGGCGCGGGUGGUGGCGUCGGGACGGGCGUGAUUUAUCAGACGCGGUUUAGUGAGCGCGCGGGGGCAGGAGCGGUUGGCGGCCACGAGGGUACUCCGAGGAGCUUUGCUGACUCUGGUGUUGAUCUGGGAGGUGCCGCGCGGGAGCAGCCGGGCGGCGGCGCGAGGUUUGCCGAGCUGGUUGCCAAGGCUAUGGCUGUGGAGGACGCGCGGGAUAGGUUGGAGGAUUAG